CUCAAUCAAUCAAGCCAACACUCUUAGUUUGACUUGAUUGGAGAGUAAUUCACCUAGUGCAACUCCCAAGCAAGAAUCCCCUCCUGCUCUUACACUAGUCCCAAUUACAAAUACCCUUCCUACCCUUCCUACCCGACCUAGCUUGAAUAUCUCAACCCCCGAGAUAUCAAGCUAUUCACACCAUGAAAUAUGAUCACACAAUUUCGCUAUUACAAGGGAGAAGAGAGCUUUGCAAAAGGUGUAUUGGCCUACAAAUGACUCUACUAUUUAUAGUUGAUGUGAGCCUUCAUUUCCUUUCAUUUGUAGUCCUUUAUGUGGCAAGUAUCUCCUUGAUUUGAUACCUUUUUGCUUGAUAUGGUAACUCCUUUGAGGGCAAGCAAUCACCUUGAAUUGUUUCCUUUUUCCUCAUCAUUGAUUGUGAUAUUUCUGCAUAGAUUGUUAGUUCCACAUAAUAACAUAUAUUUAAAACAAAAUAUCCUAUGACAUUCAAUUAGCUGAAUCAAGCUUGUUAACCCAACAGCUUGCUGAUGCAAUGGGAGUCCUCGUGAGGUCAGAGGAAGUGUGGGAGGCUGAUGCCCUGAAAGAUUUUGAUGCGCAAUCCGCUUUCAAGAAGUUUUGCCUCCCGAAAAUGCGCCAGACCCGAUUUGUUCCAUCCCGCACUUCAGCAUCUACGCUCAAGCCGCAAUGGCGUGUCAUCAACACACUCGUAGCUCAUUCUCUCUACCCAAGAUACAUGUGCGCAAACAAGAUUACCAUGAGAGCAUUGCUAGCAUUCACCUCCAAUGCGGACCAAUUCAGUCAAAUUCACCUUGGCUCGGUUCUGGCAACCUCUUUCAGCAGAGCCAUUAGUGGCAGUCGAUGCUACGCCACAUCUAUGGGCCCCUUCAUCAUCCACCUGGCUCAACGCUUCAAUUUCAACCUCGAGUGCUGCAAAAAUGAAGGGCACUCCAUGGGAUUUGGGGAGGACACCUUAAGAGCAAUGAAGUUGCUUCGAUUCUUCGGACCAUUUCGCUAUAUCGAGGGACUCUCCCUCCCACCAGGAGUUCCUCCUCAGGAGCAGCCACCCACCAGAGCUCCCGGCCGCCACUAGCGCACCCCAUCACCACCAUCAUCAGCUGCAUCAUCAUCAUUAGGGGCCGGACCCUCUACCUCCGGAUCCCACCUCGAGGCACUCUACGUGGGAGUCACUGCUCGGCUAGACCGAACCGCCGAUCUCACAGAGCAGAUGGCUCGAUUCUAGGGCGUCCUUUCGGACAACGAGGAGUGAUCGUGCCCACGACGAGGUAGCCGUCGAGGGAGACAUGUGGUAGAGCCGAUUUCUUCAAUAUGACAUGUCAAACUCAACCUAACAAAAAAAUUCCAUAUAUGCAUUAUUUUUCGUAAGAUGUUGAUGUUGACUGAUUGUUUAAAAUAUAGUUUUGACAAAUGAAAGAAAAUGCACCAGAAUAAAAGUCUUAACACAUA